UCGUAUUGUCAUCGGCUGCAGCACGACAUGUACUUUCUCACAAGCAAUAGCCGACUGAAUGAGCAAGUAGUUGAUAAAAUUAUUCUUCAGCUUAACAGAGUCUACCCCCAAAUUCUUACCAAUGCAGAAGCAGAAAAGUUCAGGAAUCCAAAGGCAUCACUCCAUACCAGACUUUCAGAUCUGAUAAAGCACCUUCAAAAAAAAGGAGAGAGACACUGCCAAGAGUUUUACAGAGCUCUACAGAUCAAUGCUGAACAGCUGUAUAAUGAUCUGCCAAGCAGGAAGGUCUUGAAAACCACAGAUUCCACAGAGAUAGACACUGGCAAGGAGAAAUAUAUACUAAAUGACAGGGGUCCGGUAUUUUUCCUCGCUUGCUUUAGCGUUGCUGCAGGAUUUGCAUUGUUCUGGUACUGCUGUAACUCAGAUACAAAAGUCGUAGCAAGAGCCAGGAGAAUCUUGGGCUUUUCUCCUAUUAUCAUAGGAAGACACGUUAGAAAUAUUUGUAUGUUGUAUUUGGAAGACAGAUCAAGAAACUAAGGAAAAGCUGCCUCUUCGCUUGACUGUACAGUGUGCCUGCCAAGGGAAGACAACGGUGUGUGAAUAUUAAUGUACUAUGCUCUCAUACCAAAGAUUUUAUUAGCCAGCUUCAUCAGUAAUUGCGUUGCCUCAAGAUGUAUUCAGAAUUUCAGCUAUAUAUGCCCUUCCUUAUGGGAAUGGACUAUUUAUUUUUGUAAAUGCUUAUUUUAAAAUAUUUAUCAUUGGGAUAAAAAAAUAUUUUUAAUACAGACUUUAAAAUUAUAUC